GUAUAGUUGAUCAAUCCCACUACAUAAUUUGCCUUCUUGAGUCUGAAUCACCAGAUGGCCAUCAAAUAGCUGUUGAAAUGAUAUCAGGAGAUGAGCACUCUCACAUUGCUAAUCUUCCCACUUCUAUGAAACGGGAUGGCCGCACGCUAUGCAAUUUUACUGUCUGUAAUGGUUUCUCUGAUCUCAGACAGGUUACAUGUGGAAAACAAAUAAUGCAGGGAAGUACUUGCGAGAGUGGAUUUUUUUUUGCACGGGUGCAUUGGAGGAAUUUAAUUUAAAUAGUUUAAAAAUCAUAUGAAAUAAAAAAUAAAAAGAAUUCUUCAUGAUCAUAUGGAUAUAUAUUACACACAUAUAAAGUUUGGUGAUGAAAUAAGUAAACAUGUGAGCUAUACAAAAAUGACAAAAUGGUUAUCUCUAAAUAGUGAAUAGUAGAAGCAAUGUUCAUCUUUACAAAAUCACGAUUUUGUCAUUUUUACGUAACUCACAUGGCUACUUAUUUCAUCAUCAGAAUUUGCACACGUGUAGUAGCACAUCCAUAUAAACAUGUUGAUUUUUUUUGAAUUUUUUUGAAACUUUGAAAUACCAUUUUGGCGCUACUAAAAAAAUAGGGCUCGCGUCUAGAGCUCGUCCAGCAAAGUGAUUUUUCUUGUACUUGCACCAUAUAGUUCUUUUUUUGUCGCGUUUUGCUGGCAGAUCUGUGUCAGCAGUCGAAUGGCUACUUUUUUGCGAAGUACUAGUACAAGAAAGGGAAGCACAUACACAUUUUUUUAGGGGUGAUGCACACGCACACUAGGGAUGUUUUUGCUUGCAACUUUCUGUCAUUAGCAGGUUGCUUAUAUAAAUGGUGAUCCUCCCAACCAUGCCGCAUAUAUAAAUGGUGAUGAACAUUGGGCUUUAGCACAUCAUCCCUCUAUAUAAAUAUGGUGAUGAACAUUGGGCUUUAGCACAUCAUCCCUCUAUAUAAAUAUGGUGAUGAACAUUGGGCUUUAGCACAUCAUCCCUCUAUAUAAAUAUGGUGAUGAACAUUGGGCUUUAGCACAUCAUCCCUCUAUAUAAAUAUGGUGAUGAACAUUGGGCUUUAGCACAUCAUCCCUCUAUAUAAAUAUGGUGAUGAACAUUGGGCUUUAGCACAUCAUCCCUCUAUAUAAAUAUGGUGAUGAACAUUGGGCUUUAGCACAUCAUCCCUCUAUAUAAAUAUGGUGAUGAACAUUGGGCUUUAGCACAUCAUCCCUCCAUGGCAGGCCGCAUGUAAACAAAUUUUUAGGGGUGAUGAACAAUGGGCCUUAGCCCAUCAUUCCUCCAUCGCAGGCCGCAGUAUAUAAAUGGCGAUCCUCCCUUCCACGCCGCCCCCUCCCACCUAGGGUUCCACCAUCUUGUCAAAAGAAAAAGAAAAAAAACUAGGGUUCCACCAGAGAGCAAAGGGGAUCGGGUGUCAGUUAUGCGCCACCGCCUGCCGUGCGACGAUCUCCCCCCUCUCGCCGUCGCAAUCGCCGUCGGAUGCCUCGAAUGAGGAUCCACUGCCGCUUGCGAACAGGCGACCAAAUAAGCAGCUCCCCCUUUGGGAGCUGCAGCCCCCAAUCGAAUCAGCAAGAGCAGCAGCUCUUUUGGGAGCGGCGGUCCGCAAUCAAGCGGCUCCUUUCCGAGCUGCGACCGGCAAUCCAAGCAAUCAAGCGGCUCCUCUCCGAGCCGCAGUCCGCAAUCGAAGCAGCUCCCUUCUUUAGUGGCUAAUCCGGAAUCAAAGCAGUCCUUUCCGGAUUACAAUCAGAAACAGGCCCUCUUUCGAAUUCAGUCUCCGAGUCUCCAUUGGUGGCGGCAACCCAGCAGAUAUAUGCAUAUCUGGCCGGGCGGACACCGUGCUUCUCGCAGCCAAUCUUCGGAGGAGACGGCAACUCGUGAGCCAAUUCACGGUGACCAAUUCUUCUCGGGCCUCGGCGGAUCUACGCAGGAGCCAUGGGGAAAGGCAGUAGAGAUGAUAUGCUCAGCGCAUUGCCUGACGACAUUCUGGUCAACAUUCUUGACCGACUCAAUGUCCCUGAGGCUGCAAGAACCAGCAUCCUGGCCAGACGGUGGGGUCAGCUUUGCGGCAAGCUGUCUCGGCUUAUAAUAAGCGUGCAGGACUUCCUCCCCGAGGGUGUGUUACACAGCAACGUCUCUGUUGAUGAAUUGGUCCGGACCAAUGCGGCUGUGGUCCAAGCGACAGAGAGCAUACUAGCACGCAGAAAUCCAGGUGAACACACCAUCCGCCUACUAUCUACGACAUUCUACUUGAGAGAUGAUGCCCCCCUAUCCAUCGGACGUGCUGUUGGUCAUGCCAUGGCGACGCACUUGGUUGAGGUUGCCAAAUUCAGUGUUAGGACAGGGACGGAUGACAUUGCUGAAAUAGACGAUGAUGAACUUGUCACCUGUGGGAGAAAAUUCAUGGUGUUCUUUGAUGCUUGUUCAAAUGCAUUUGGUGGUCUCACUAGCCUUGAACUACAGAAUUUGAGAUUUGGUGAAUCGGACAUAUCCAGCAUCCUAGUCUCCUGCAAGCGGUUGAAGCAUCUGCACUUGUACAAUUGUGACUCUGGUGAACACAGCACGCUCCAAGUUGAACAUGCUCAUCUCAAUGAGCUUUGUAUCACCCAGUGUCGUCUCACACAUGUUAAGCUGAGCUGGCUCCCUCAACUCACACUGUUGGUCUUUGAUGGUUGGAUAGAUUUUGAUGAUCCACUAUUUAUUGGUCAUGUCCCAUUGCUCACGUCUGUAAGCCUCACAAACGUUGCCCUUAGUUUCAACAAAAUGUUCAAGUUAAGUGAGUUUCUUAGCAGUACCUCUGUACAAAAUCUGAAGUUGGGAUUUAGAUCCGAAAAGAUUUGGGUUCAGCCAGAAUGCCCAACUCAAAGUCUGGCAUCUGUCUUUUGCCAGCUAAGAUUUGUGAAUCUGGUUAAUCUUCCUGAAGGGUAUGAUCUCACCUGGACAAUGUUUAUUCUUGAAGCUGCACCCUUACUGAAGGAUCUAUACAUCACAGUAUGGGAUCAUGCGUGUUCAAUGGAGAUGGAUGAGGAGAAGAGGAAAAAAGAAUUAUAUAGUGAGGACAAGGGUGUAGAGUGGGACUCGGCCACAGCUGAUUUCCAACACCGCAGUUUGGUUACACUUGUCAUCUGUGGCUUUGAAUCUGAAGAUUACUUUGUGAAUUAUGUCAGACGUGUUAUGGCAGCGGCCGUGAAUCUAGAGGAUGUGUUCCUGUAUAGUAGGUUGUUGUGUGCUAACUGCAAAGACGAAAAGCAGGUCAGGUUCCCCUGGACUAAAAGGCAGAGGAUUUCAUUGAAGAAGAGAAUAACUGUGGGGAUUGAGUCCUUUGCCAUAAUUCACUCCAACAAGAUGGUAAGGGAAGAUCAUCAAGCAAAGAUUCUGUACCCGGAGUGCUCACGGUUUGACACAAGUUGCUGAUUUAACAUUGAAGCUGUUGGAAGUGUUAGUUACUCCUCAAUGGAGAUGGAUGAGGAUAAGAGGAAAAAAGAAUCAUAUAGUGAGGACAAGCUGAUUUCCAACACCUCAACUCCUUGAUUUAACAUUGUUGGAAGUGUUGGUUACUUUUGUUAAGAGUUCUUCUAAUUUUGUUUUGACCUUAUGAACUGUAUUCUUAUUUUAUGAUGAUGGAAGGAUGAUGAAUACUGAACUAUUAUUCGCAUAAAUUUAAGUGACAUGUUGGCUAA